AUGGAUCCCCCUCCUCCCCUCUCGCCCAACAAGGCUCCCUUCUCGCCUGGGAUGCCCAUCUUUCCCGCCAGCCCCGACCGAGGUGCAGGCUCAAGAUCUCCCUUUGGCGACUCCAGAGGAUCGUCCCCGGUCCUGGCGCCAUCUACGCCAAACCUCCGUCCUCACUCGCCGCUACGACACACACACCGCCGGACCGACUCCGAUGUCUCCGUUACAGCACUUACCGGCAUGUUCGAGAACCUCGAGGUUAAGGACCCAAGAGAAGCAUGCAAGCGGUUCAAAGAACUCCUCGACAAGGAGAGAAUACGACAUGCCGAGAAGUUGAACAAGAUUGAAAAAGAACAUGCCAAGAAGGAACGAGAACAGGAAAUGGCUAUGAGCCGACGCGACAUCCGCAUCGACGAGCUGAAGAACGAACUCGAACACGCGAGUGGAUCUCUCGGCGAGGCUAUCACCAAGGAACGAUACGAGAAGGAGCGCGAGGCGAGCAAGGCUGCCAUCAAGAAAUGGGAGAAGAUUUUCAAGGAAAAUGAAGAGAAGUGGAGGGGUGAUCGAGCCAGAGCGGUGGAAGCUGAGCGCCGUAGCCAAGUUUAUGAAGGCAAAUAUCGUCACGCCAAGAAGGACUUCAUGGAAGCCAACAACGAGAAGCUACGGACUUCUGCCAUGAUACCACAGCUCCAGUCUAAGAUGCAGGGGCUUCAGCGUAGCUUGCAGCGGGCCGAGUCGGAUGUCAAGUUCAAGACCGACGAAGCUGCCAAGUACAAGAACGACGUGUACAACCUGCAACUUGAGAUCGAGACUGUCUCCAACCGACUGAACGAAGAAGUGCAGACACUCAGAGAGAAGCUAGGCUUGGUAGAAGGAGAACGCGAUGCUCUUAAGACAAGCUUAAAAGAGGAGGAAGUCUUGCGCAUCGCUGCCGAAGGCCAAAUCCCACUCCCAUCCGCCGACGCAGAAGAGACCGACGAAUUCGCAUCACCCGUUCGAUCACCACGCAAGCCACGCAACCUCUCGCGUGAAGAUGACGAUAAGGAAAACGUGUCUCCAAAGAAGAACGCAAUUGAUCUGCGCUUUGUUCAGCAGGAGCUGGCAGCAGAGAGGCGUGCCCGAGAGCGCGCGGAGGAACAGAUUGACUUCAUGAAGAUGGAAUGCCAGUUCCAAUGCUGUUCUUGCCGCAUUGCUGAGAACAGUGGAAAGCAAUACAUCCACGAUAAUUCUCUGGAAGAUGAGAUGCAGCGCAUCAAGGUCUCGCUACCCAUCUCCACACCUCCGCCUAGCAACCACGGAGACGAGGUCAUGGAAGACGUAGCGAUCAAGCAAGAGUCUGUUGAAAACGAGCGACCCAUCACACCGCCAGAGGACGUCGCAGUCAAGACAGAGGCCGAGGAACCAGAGACCGUUGUCGCCUUCUCUCCUGACACAGGAACCUUCCGCUCUGUCCCCUCCCCGAUGAAGUCACGCCCAUCAACAGACUUGGCAACACCUGCAGAACCAUCGCCUACGAUGGAGAUGAUUGAUGCACCUCCAUCGGUGGCACACAUGCGCAACUCAGUCAUUCCUACUGAAGUGUCUCUACCACAGUCUCGUCCAGCGUCUAGGGUAGACUUUGUCCUUCCUGCUCGUAGGGAGAGCAAGGCUGUAGACAUCAGUAUCCAUGAAGACGCCGUGGAUGACAGUGAAGAUGAGGACAUGUCACCGCCGACGCCAGACCGGGAGCCUACCGGUCCAGCAACACCCUAUCUUACUCGCACAAUCACCACCACCACCACCAUCCCUCUUCACUUCUCUCCUGCCACUCCAGCAUUCAAGCCGGGCCGAGGGCCUAUGACUCCUUCGACCGUCGCACAUGCUGCGGCUAAUACACAGACACCUGUCUUAGGUGAACUGUCACUCAACAAGCUAGGCAUCGACCGUGAAGCCGCCCUCGCAGCCAUUCGUGAACGCAGGGGACGUGCUAGAAGCAUGGCCGCUGGUCAUGGAACGCCAAUGAAGCAGAUGGUCGAGGGCGCGAAGGAUCGUAGAGACAUCAGCGCACCUGUGACCCGCGUCCGCAGUGUAUCGCGGAAGCUGAGAUGA